ACUGUGUCAUUGUAAGUAAUAGACAGACACUAGUGUGUUAAGGCGAAGCUUAAUUUGGUCCAAUUAACUCCAGCUGUUAAUGAACUUGCAGUUUUUUUGUCCCCCUCAGUGACUGAGUUGUGUGCUGCUGUAGUGCUGCUUCAGCUCUAAUGCCUGUGAAGGCUUCAAGAAACUUGUGCUGAGUGAAGACUGUGAAGCGGCUCUGCUCCCCUGGAAAGUUGCUGUGCAUGCUCACUCCGCGCUGAGGUGGCGUCUGUGCGGUGAUGGGAGCGGGAAUUUUUAACUGCUGCAUCCCAUAAGUUCAGUGAUUCAUCAGAGGAAGUACGCUUUUAUUUUUAAACUCGGAAAAGAAACGCUGUAACGCAAGGGGGUAAAAAAGUGUUUGAAGAAGUGACUGAAGUGAGUGUGUGUGCGUGACCGCGCCAUGUUAAUGGUCUAACCUAAACUGCGGACAAAAGUGCUCCACGUCAGCGUACUCGGGACGCCGCAGGACCUGAGAACUUGAACCUUCAAGCGCUACCAUGGGCUGCAAUAAGGUGUGCGUGGGUUUGGUCGGCGCGCUUGUCGUCGUCAUGCUGGUGGCGGUGCCAACGGCCAUCUAUGUAAACAGGAACAAUACGGGCCCAAAAAGGACUUUCUCAUUCGAUGACUUUUAUAAUGAUACUAUUAGGUAUCAAACCUAUAGUUUACGGUGGUUUUCAGACACUGAAUAUCUCCACAAAACCAAAGAUGGUAAUGUGUAUCUGCAUAAUGUAGAGACCAUGGCCAGCUCUUUAUAUUUAAGCAACUCAACAUUUGCUCAGGUGGAUGCAACAGAUUACAUUGUGUCUGCUGACAGGAAAUAUGUGUGUUUGGAAAGCAAUUUUUCAAAGCAAUGGAGACAUUCUUUCACAGCCUCAUAUUCUUUAUAUGAUAUGGAGACUAAGGCUUUUAUCACACCUACUUACAUCCCUGAAGUCACCCAGCUAUUACUAUGGGCACCUGUGGGAAACAUGAUAGCCUAUGUGUGGAACUAUGAUAUUUACAUCAAGCCAAAUGCUACUGCUGAGCCCAUACAAGUCACUAAUGAUGGAAAAUUUAAUCAGAUUCUUAAUGGAAUACCAGACUGGUCUUAUGAAGAGGAGGUAUUUGUGUCAAAUGAAGGAAUGUGGUGGUCUCCUAGUGCAAAGUACCUGGCCUAUGUGCAGAUAAAUGACACAGAUGUGCACGCCAUUGAAUACUCUUUGUAUGGAAAUGGGCAGUAUCCCAUCACCAUGGUUGUUCCCUACCCCAAGGCUGGCUCCAAUAUUCCUAAAGCAAAACUGUUUGUAAUUGAUGUGUCAAAUCCUUCUGUUCGUUCAGAGAUAGUGGUGCCCAAAUCCCUAAGGGCAGGUGAUCACUACCUGAGUUCAGUAACAUGGGUAACUGAUAUGCGGAUUGCAGUGCAGUGGCUAACACGCAGGCAAGACCACGUUCUCCUUCAGAUAUAUGACUAUGAUGGGACCAACUGGAAUGAAAAUACGAAAUUUGAGCAGAAGAGCAAAACUGGCUGGGUUGGUCGGUACAAUCCUUUACAUCCUUACUUUGCUGCAGACAACAGCAGUUUUUACAAGGUGAUGAGUGAUGUAAACGGCUACAAACAUCUCCACUAUGUGAAGGAUGGCAAAGCAGUAGCAGUAACCUCAGGCAAAUGGGAAGUAAUCUAUAUAUCAAAAUUAACGAAGGAUGCCAUCUACUAUGUUAGUAAUGAGCAUAUGGGAAGACCAGGCCAGCGAAACCUUUAUAAGAUAUCCUUCAGUACUAGUCACAUUCACUCUGCCCCUGAAUGCCUCACCUGCUUACUCUAUGAAGACAGGUGUCAGUUCAAUUCAGGGUAUUUCAGCCAAAACGCCUCUUACUUUCGCAUGGACUGCUAUGGCCCGGGACUGCCCAUGUUUACAAUCAUGGACAAUCGAGGACCUCGCAAAGAAAUCCAGGUGCUUGAAGAUAACAAAAAACUGGAACAAAUUUUGCAGACAGAGCUUCAAAUGCCAACAAUAAAACGUGCCACAUUAAAUAUAGCAGGGUUUGAUUUUUGGUACCAGAUGAUGUUCCCUUCUGAUUUUGAUGCCACUAAAAAAUACCCUCUCUUCAUUCAAGUGUAUGCUGGUCCAGGGAGUCAAUAUGUUGACUAUAAAUUCAGGCUGGAGUGGGCCACGUACCUCUGCAGUACAGAGAAAGCCGUUAUUGCUAGCUUUGAUGGAAGAGGAAGCGGUUACCAAGGCGAUGAAAUAAUGCACGCCAUCUACGAGCGGCUGGGCACAUAUGAAGUGGAAGAUCAGAUCUCGGCUGUGAGGAAAUUCAUUGAUAUGGGUUUCAUAGACAAAGACCGAAUAGGAAUGUGGGGAUGGUCAUAUGGAGGCUACGUGACCUCAAUGGCUCUUGGCUCAGGGAGCGGCCUGAUCAAAUGUGGAAUUGCUGUAGCUCCUGUUUCCAAGUGGGAAUAUUAUGAUGCUGUCUACACUGAGAGGUACAUGCAUCGCCCCGAAGAGAACUUAGACAGCUACAAUAAUUCCACAGUAACUGGCAGAGCAAAGAAUUUUAAAUCGGUGGAGUACUUGCUGGUGCAUGGCACUGCAGAUGAUAAUGUCCAUUUCCAGCAAGCUGCUCAGAUUUCCAAAGCCCUGGUGGAACAGCAAGUAGACUUUGAUGCAAUGUGGUACACAGACAAAGACCACAGUCUGUCUGGCAAGGCCCGCUACCACCUUUACACACACCUUAAUCACUUUCUUCAGAAGUGCUUUUCUAAAAAGAAAUAAAUAAUUGCCUGUACUGCCAGAAAUCUGUAUUGAAACAAAAACUGUACAACAAAUCUGUAUAUAAAUGAUGUUGAAAUGUUAACAAACUGAUACUUUGAUUAUUGUUUUAUUUCAGUUUUAUAUACUGAAUCUUUCUUUUACUCUUCUCGUUUUUAUUGCUACGCUUUAUGCUUUGUUGAUCAAACAAAAUAUGACGUGUUUACUUUUUGCAUGUCUUUUUUAUAAUUUGUAUAAAAUAUUAUGGGUCUACAGUAAAUGUGACACUGAUUGUUAUGCCUAUUCUUUUUGAAGGAUUACUUGCACUGAAUUCAUGUGUAUCCUGAAGCCUUCAGCAUGAUUUUCAAUGGAAAAAAGAUGUGCUAUUGGAAAGCAAAGUGUAACUUAGUGUUUGACUGCAAAUAUUCAAAUAAAUAAUACAAAAACAA